UUGAUCUAAACGUGUGCAAGCCGCAAAGAUGGCUGACACCGGUAUCAAAACAGAUAUUAGUUCUUCAUUGUUUAAUCCUGGAGGAUGGAAAAGCUUGAUUUCAUUUGUAACAUUAUCUUUAGCAUGGCUUGUAGGAUUUAGUUCUCGGCUAUUUGCAGUCAUUCGAUUUGAAAGCAUUAUCCACGAAUUUGAUCCAUGGUUCAACUAUAGAUCAACGCAUUACAUGGUAAAUCAUGGGUUCUACAACUUCCUCAACUGGUUUGAUGAAAGAGCCUGGUACCCACUUGGCAGAAUUGUUGGAGGAACGGUGUAUCCCGGGUUGAUGGUCACUUCUGGCUCCAUUCACUGGUUGCUUCAUAUGUUGAAUAUACCAGUACAUAUCCGUGAUAUAUGUGUGUUCCUUGCACCAAUAUUCAGUGGGAUGACAGCCGUGUCUGUGUAUUUGUUUACCAGGGAGAUCUGGUCAGCAGGAGCUGGACUCUUUGCAGCAUGUUUCAUAGCAAUUGUGCCAGGAUAUAUAUCACGGUCGGUGGCAGGCAGCUAUGAUAACGAAGGCAUUGCAAUUUUUGCUCUCAUGUUCACAUACUUUUUGUGGAUAAAAUCUGUGAAGACUGGGUCACUAUUUUGGGCAGUAUUUACAGCUUUGUCUUACUUCUAUAUGGUAUCAGCAUGGGGAGGAUAUGUAUUCAUUAUCAACUUGAUACCACUUCAUGUGUUUGUGCUCAUUCUCAUGGGAAGAUAUUCAAGACGUAUUUAUAUAGCAUACAACUCAUUUUUUAUCAUCGGCUUGAUCCUUUCCAUGCAAGUUCCAUUCGUAGGGUUCAACCCAAUCUCCACUAGUGAACAUAUGGCUUCAGCAGGUGUAUUUGCUUUGCUGAAUGCAUAUGCGCUGUUGAAGUAUGUACAAUCUUUCCUGACCAAGUCAGAGUUUAAAUUCUUCUUUAUUAUGUCUGUUGGCCUGGCAGCAGGGCUUAUAUUCCUGGCAGUUGUAGGAUUAACCUGGGCAGGAUACAUUCACCCAUGGAGUGGUAGAUUUUACUCUCUCUGGGACACAGGCUAUGCCAAGAUUCAUAUACCAAUUAUUGCUUCUGUGUCAGAACAUCAACCAACAACAUGGGUCUCAUUUUUCUUUGAUUUACACAUCCUUGUUUGUGCAUUCCCGGCUGGGGUGUGGUACUGUAUUAAACAAGUGAACGAUGAAAGAGUGUUUGUUGUUUUGUAUGCCAUAUUUUCAAGCUACUUUGCUGGGGUUAUGGUUCGUUUGAUGUUGACCUUGACUCCUAUAGUAUGUGUGUGCGCAGCUAUUGCUUUCUCUAAAGCAUUUGAGAUCUACCUCAAAGAUGACACUCCUAAAACUGCAAGUAAACCCCUGGAUGAUUCACAGGAAAACAAGGCAGAUAACAAAUAUUAUGACAAGGUUGGUAAGACAAAGAAAGACAAGAAAGAGGAGAAACCUAAGGAAAGUGAUGCUUUAGGUAUCAAUAUCAAAAGUAUUAUAGUGAUUGCCUUGUUAAUGGUGCUCAUGUUGUUUGCCGUCCACUGUACCUGGGUCACAUCCAGCGCAUACUCCAGUCCGAGUAUUGUACUGGCUUCUUACAAUCAUGACGGGAGCCGGACAAUAUUAGAUGACUUUAGAGAGGCAUACUACUGGUUACGACAGAACACCGACGAUAAAGCACGAGUGAUGUCAUGGUGGGAUUAUGGGUACCAGAUUGCUGGCAUGGGCAACAAAACAACAUUAGUAGAUAACAAUACAUGGAAUAACAGUCAUAUAGCCUUGGUUGGUAAAGCCAUGUCAUCCAAUGAGAGUGCAGCCUAUGAGAUAAUGCGUGCAUUAGAUGUAAACUAUGUGUUAGUUAUUUUUGGAGGAGUAAUUGGAUACUCGGGUGAUGACAUCAACAAAUUCCUGUGGAUGGUUCGUAUUGCUGAAGGGGAGCAUCCAAAAGAUAUUAGAGAGUCAGAUUAUUUCACACCACAGGGUGAAUUUCGAGUAGACUCCUCGGGAUCCAAAACAUUAUUAAAUUGCCUUAUGUAUAAGCUGUCAUACUACAGAUUUGGAGAAUUACAGCUUGACUUCAGAAGUCCAGCAGGCUAUGACAGAACACGUGGAGUAGAAAUAGGGAAUAAAAACUUUGAUUUAACCCAUUUAGAAGAAGCCUACACAUCAGAGCAUUGGCUUGUUCGUAUUUAUAAAGUUAAAGAUUUAGAAAACAGACAGCUGAAAGGCAAGCCAGUAAAGCCUGUUAAGAAAUCUAGAAAAAAGAAAAAGACUGGCAAAAAGAAGGCAGGCUCAAUUAGGAAUAAACCAAAAAUUGUGAAAGGGAAGAAACCCAAAUCAAAGAAGUAGAUCUCUUAGUUAGGUUUAGGUAUCUAUCACCUGUACAAAGUGCAAAUACUGUUACAAUGUAAAACAUUUCUUUCAUGUUAUUUUUGGUGGGAAACAAUCAGAAUUUUCCUUAGCUGUGUUGUUUUAAUUAUUUAAAAAAAAAUCAUGAUGACAAUUUUUUUUAAAUUUCUCAUUUGACACCUCAUUUUUCACCAAAAAAAAAUCAUAGCCAUGCAAUCUAUUUAUCUUGUUAUAGAAUACAUGCCAAGCACAGUGCAAAUAAUUUGUUUCUCAACAGCUUCAAAUUCCAGUUAAUGACAAGUGACAUUAUAUUGUUUAAUGCAGGACACAAAAUGUUUUCAAACACAGUUACUUCGCUGUAUCAAGUAUACAUUAGUUGUGUUACAAACAGAAUGAUGGGUUUCUAUCAGUCCAAUCCAGAUCAAUGCAUAUGUUCCUUGUAUUGACAUAAUCUGUGUAAUUAUUAGGACAAACCCUGUCAUAAGCCAGUCUUUCUGAUAUGGGAUAGAUUAUUUGUUGCAGAAUUACUGUUAAAAAAGUAAAAUCUUACUUCUAUGUUUUAAAAUUUUUCCCUGAUGAUCAAAACCAGCAAUUUUUCAAAAAGCUUUGUUUUUAACUUUGUUACAAAAGUAGGAUUUUUGUUUACUAUUUGUUUAAAGAAUUGUUGUUUGGUAAAAUAUGCUCAUUUAUUAAUAUUUCAUUAAUACCUUGAUAAAAAGAUUAACAGGCCUGAGAGGACUGUCGGCUCUAGAUUUUCUUUUCUUUUGUCAUUUUUGAAGUGGCAUCUAUGGGCAUUUUCUUUAAUAUGAAUAAUACACAUUAAAUGCUUAAACAUUUGUGUAGCAUAUAUCUUAAAAAUGUUUCACCUAGAGUCAUGAAACCAUGAACAGUGACAGAAAGUGGGGACAGCAGUGUCCUAUGCACACACAUCUAGUUAUAUCUGUAGAAAGCAUUCACAUUUUCAUAGCAGUCAAAGUUUAAGAGAGUUUAGUUUUUUACUGUAGGGUUUUUUGUGUUCACAGCAAAGGGCAUAUAUGUUAGUCUGGGUAGCUUUUAUAUUGCUUAAAAAUUUCAUUAAAUUGCAAGUUCGUUACUCAUGUUCCACAAAAAUAAGUGUAAACAUCAGUUAAAUCUAUAACAUUUUGGUAGUUACUCAACAUGUCAGGGACCUCAGUCAUAGUAAUGUAGAUCUAGAUUUAUUAUACGGACAUGCUAGACCAAACAUUAAUCGUACCUUCAGCACAAUACUAUUGUAACUGUUUAUAAAUAUAGUCCCACACACAGUAGUGUGGUCCUGAGGAAAUGACCUGUAAGUGGUACAAAUGGUUUUAUCAUGUAGAAGGUUAUUGUUUAGUUCAGUGUGAGAAUGAAUUGAGCCGCAUCAUGAGAAAACCAACAUUGUGCGUCUGCGACCAGCAUGGAUCGAGACCAGCCUGCGCAUCCACGCUGUCUGGUCAAGAUCCAUGCUGUUCGCUUUCAAAGCCUAUUACAAUUAGAGAAACCGUUAGCGAACAGCAUGGAUCCUGACCUGACUGCGUGGAUGCGCAGGCUGGUCUGGAUCCAUGCUGGUCGCAAAUGCACUGUGUUGGUUUUCUCAUGGCAUGGCUCAAAUGAACAUCCAAUGCAAGAUUUUCAUGAGCAGCACAGCCACAAAGGAAAUGUUAAAAGAUUGUGUUCAGGAGUGAAAGAUAUUUUGAUCCAACAUGUAAAACAAAUAUAUCGUCUUUGCAUUUCAUUUCUUUUUAAUGGUUUUUACCAAAUUAUACCAGUUUUGUUUGCACAACAAAACAUGUAUAGGGCAAAGUCCCAUGUAAAAGCAUGGGGUUACACAAUGUUGAUACUGGAAAAAUGUUAAGGAAUUUGUUUUGGUUUCUGUUACAUUUUAAAUUUGGUGAAGCAGAUUUUAUUUGUUGUUUUUGUAGGUAUUUGUAUGCUUCUUUGACUUUAUUAAAACAUAUUUGGAAAAUAAUUCCAGUUAUUUAUAAGUAAUAUUCUUUUGCAUUUGAUUGUAGUUCCGUAACAUGAAAAUCCCACUGGAAAAUGUGAAAUACAUAUUUAAACAUAAUGCUCCAUUAUAUUUCAACAAACUUCUGAAAAAUGUAAAAUAUAUAUAGAUACAGAUAUUUUUUCAUAAGAACUGUCGAAACUUGCCUGUUACAUGCAGAUAUUUCAAAAUUGUAUUUUAUGUUGUGUGUCAAAACACGAUCUUAACACAGUAAUGAUUGUCAUACUGAUAUUUCUACGAGCGACAGCUUUGUCGUUGAUGGCUUUGAAAACAACAAAGAAUUGGAUACAAAUACCUUGUCAGAGCAAAUGUUUCUUUAGACCAUACCACAUUUCUAUGUUCUUUGUAUAUUUAUUUUCGUUUCUGGCAAAAAAUAUAUAUGUAAAUUAUUAUCAAGAUUGUUGUCAUCGUAAAGGUCAGAAUUCCAUUUAUUGUUAUGUUUCAUUGUACAGUUGUUUCAGAAACAGCAUGUUCUUUGAAAUCGUUUAAUUUUGUAGGUAUGAAAUUUCGCGGUUUGGGUCAAAAUGACUUUUUCUUGGAGAUAUAAAUUUGUGGAUUGAAACUUUAGAACAUAGACUGAAUGGCAAUUUUAGUUUGUCGGAUUGGAUUUUGUGGACUGGCUUGCACAGAAUAUCCAAGAAACUUUGACCCCCAUUUAUAUCAAAGAUUUCUCAUUGAUCAGAAAAGAUUUUUUCUUUUCUUUCUUUUUGAUUUAUCAUCACAUUGCUCACAAACAAUUUACUACUUUUCAGUAAAGAAAGGUAUUCUUAUUUUAAUUUGUUUCUUUAAAGUGCUAUUAUUUAUUUCAUGCAGCACUGUCUCUUAUUUUCUUGGACUGGUGGAUAGCGGUUGCUGCUGCCUUAUACAAAUCAAGUGUGAAAGAUAGUUUAUAUUUGAUUACAAAAUAUAUUGUUGUUUUAAAAAAAUCAUUAUAAUAAUAGGUACUCAUAUACAAUCUUGACAACAAAAAUGGCUACUAGUUUGUCAAAGAUAACUUUAAAAAUUGGGACCAUCAGUUUAUUAGAAAUCCAGUGAUGUAAUUGUUGAAGUGCUAUAAAUAGAAACUAGUCACACCUACCAAAAACUGACUGGUCGGGAUGGGAUUGUUAUUAUGUUUUAUUUGUUUCUUGAAAAAGAUAUGUAAUGGCAUUUAAUGUUAUCUAAAACCAAAUAUAGUGUAUUAGGGUUUUUUUUCCUGCUUAAACAAACUUCCAAAGAAGUGUGUGUCGUCAUGUCAGAAAGGACCAUCAUGAAGAAUGUUUUUUUUUGAUGAGGAAGCUUUUAAAGAUCACUAGGCUGUAGUUUUUUACAUAUUUAGGAUAAAAUGGAUAACGUUUUAGCACCAGAUACUAACAAUGUUACAUAUUUCUGGUGCACAGAAAUGUUUAUUUUUCAGAGAUUUGAUAAAAAAAAUGGUUCCUUUAGACAGGAUUAUUCAUACAUAAAAUUUUGACCAAAUGGUGUUAAGAAUAAACACCAUAUAAAAUAUUCAAGAUUUUAAUUUUAUUUGUUUAUAUCUAAUUAAUCCUACUUUAUUUUGUUUACUGGUAGUGUGUUUUCAUUUAUUUCAUUGUUGAUGUUGACAUUUUAUUUCUAACUAAUUUAUCAUUGAUUUAUCAAAUAUGUAAAGCUUUUGUUCUUGUUGGAGAUCAGUUUACCUGUGUAUAUGGUUCUAUGAAAAGAGUUAGAAUUCUUGUGAUGUUUAAUAGUAACUUGUAUAUUGUUUUAUUUUGUAACAGAAUGAUGGCAACAGUCGUACUGGAAUUUGAAUUGGUUAGUUUUUGAAGAUAUUUUUUACACCUUAACCAUACUUUAAAUUUGCAGAUAUCUUAAUAUUAAGCAUUAGUUUUCUAAAUAUCAAGCCUUUGACUUAGGUGGAAUGUAUUUUAAUAGUUUAUUCUGCUUCCAGAUAAGUUUAAGAUUUCUGUUGGGAAUUAGAUUUUACAGUAAACAUUUUUUGGGAUCAGAGAAAGAGUGAAUGAUUGGGUGAAUGCAUGUUUAUUUCACAUUCCGUGUAUCUGUGUUAUGUAUGGUAAACUGUUAUUUUUCUGAGAAAAAAAUAGAACUAUUGCCAUCUGUAUAAUAAUAAAUGUUGAGAUUUAUAA